UACAUUUUUUUUAUUAUACUCCACAUCAACUCUCAUUGAAUUAUUAAAUAUUUAAUUGCCAUCAUUUGCUGUAUUGCGAUAAUAACUAAUAACGUAAUAACUGCGAUUAUGCGAACCAUUGCCAUACGAUGACGUACUGAACCGACAGCACAAUACAUUAUACUUCAGUUCUUCGGUGAUGAACAAUUCUACUGUACAUGAAAAACAUACAAUGUCCAAGUUUUUGAAACUAGCUCACAAAUUUAAUAGUUUUUAUUUGAAUGGUACGUACGAUAUUCUCGUUGAUCCAUCAUAUAGUUUAAAUUAAUUUUUUGAACAUUUUAUUAUACCAAGUGAUAUCCUAUUUGUACCUACCUACUAACGGUAACAUAUUAUUCUUUGUAAAUAUUUAGGCUUUCAGAAAAAAGAAUGUCGUGCAUUCAUUGUGGAUGGUAUUCAAGUUGGUUUAGUCCGAGCUACCGUCACAAUAGAAUUAAGCCGUUAUCCAAAUGUAUUUAUCAUCAACCCCAAUAGUGUCACAUUGAACCCAGCAUUCAGGGAUUACGAUGAACGUUCUGCAAAUAUAGAGUCUGUACUUAAAGAUAUGAAAGACAAAAAGUUGUUUAUAACGCUGAAAGGGUGGAGGGAUGAGGUAUUAACACAAGCUUUUAUGCUUAUAACAAUAAUUUUUAUUUAAUUAUAAAUAUAUUACUAACCUGGUUGUAAAUAUAUUAGGUAAUUGUUUUUAUAUAUUAUUUUCUAUUAAGAAAACAUUAUUACCAAACUACUUUUUUCAAUAAAAAUUUAAUAAUAUUAAUUAUUAAAUAUGUUUUUUGUAAUUUAGUGUUAUGAAGUGAGGACGAUGUUUGCUGACCAACCUUUGUUAAAAAUGGAUCGGUCUGCUACAUGUAAAUGUUCCUAAGACAUUAGUUUUAACCAAAUUAUUUUAUUGGUCUUUUCAUUUGUAGGUUUGUUUGGUAUUUGUAAUUAUGGUGUAGACAUAAACGGUUAUGUAAACCAUCCACAAAAAGGAUUAUGCAUUUGGCUUCAACAAAGAUCAUUCACUAAACAAACAUGGCCUGGCAAGUGGGAUAACAUGGUUGCCGGAGGCUUAUCAGUAGGAUAUAAUAUUAUAGAAACUGCUCAUAAAGAAGGUGAAGAAGAGGCAUCAUUAACUGCUGAUCUUAUGAAGAAUUUGCAUUCAGCAGGCACUGUAUCGUAAGUAUUUUUUAAUUUUUUUUUUGUAUUUGUAAAUACAUUUUUUUGUAUUUAUUUUUCAGUUUUUUUUAUGAAAGUGAACGAGGAUUAUUUCCAGAUACAGAGUUUGUAUUUGACUUAGAAUUACCACCAGAAUUUGUCCCUUGUAAUCAAGAUAAUGAAGUAGAAAAAUUUGAACUAUUGACUGCAUGUGUUAGUAUUUAUAUUAUUAUUUUAUUAUUUAUUAAUUUACUUACAUAAAAACUAAUUAUUUAGGAAACAAUAAACAGAAUACUGUCACCCGAUUUCAAGACUACUAGUUGCCCUGUGAUCAUUGAUUUUUUGAUUAGACAUGGUGUUAUUAAUCCGGAAAAUGGUGAGUAAAUAUUAGCCUGAUAUCUUGAAGUUUAUUAGUAUUAUUUAAAACUUUGAAAAAUCAAUUUUUUAUUUUUGUCAAAAGACUAUUAAUAAUCAUAUUAACUAAUUUAGGUAUAUUGAUACAUUAAACAUAAAUAUUUUUUUUUGAAACCAUUUUUGUAUUCAAAUUUACAUUUUUUUAGAGCCACGUUUUCCAGAAUUGGUUGAAUUAUUACAUGUACCGCUCCAGUCUCUUUACACAAAGUAUGACAAUGUACGGACAGAAAAUGGCCUUUCAAAAGGCGAGUAAAUUGUUGUGUAAAUCUAUUUUAAGUCUUCUUUCAUCUUAUCUUUCCAUAUUACAAUAUUACUUAUCAUUCUUCAUUUUACUUUGAUUCUUUAUUAUUUAUUUUGCCAAAUAUUCACUAAAACCCAUUAUGUUCCUUCCAUUAUUAUUGUGAUACAUAAAUUAAAUGCGUACUUCGCGCUCUAAGGUGUUAUUAUUAUUUUAUUUUAAUUCUUUACAUAUUAAAACGUUUAACUAAUAACGCUAUUUUUAAAUUAACCUUUAUGUAUUUGGAAAAGCAGACUAUGUAUUUAUAUUUAAAUGUUUCUUUUUUCAACUAUUCUAUAGCAUUUUGUUAUAUAUAAUAGACAAUAUUUUUAAAUAGACAUAAUAAUUGUUCACAAUCAUUGUAUUUUGUAAGCUUUGUGGUUUGGCUAGUAUAUUUUUAAAUAAUAACACUUAAAACCAUUAUAAACAUCAUAUAAGUAAGUGUAGUGUUAUAUUGAAGUGAUAAUAAAAUUAUAUUUAUUGUCUUAAUAAUUAUAUUUAUUUGUAAUUAAUAAUUAUUAUUGUACUGUUUUUAUAUUAUUUUUAUCAUGAAUAUUUUUGUUUUCGAUGUUCAUAUUACUUAUUUUGUAGUUGUUGUUAAUAAUAAAAUAUUAACCUCAAUGAUGGUGACGUUGGAGAUAUUAGAGGUUUUAUUUAACUUUUUUAGCUGUGAAUUUGCGAUUUGUGUAUCCUCAUAAAUAGUAUAGGUACCUAUGCAUAUGAUUACAUAAAAAACAAUUUUUUUUAUGUUAACUUAUGCUUCAUGAAUUUCCUCUAAUUAUUGUACUAUUUAUUGUGACAUACCAGGAUUCUACCUCCUGCUCGCUACCACUCUUAAUAUAAUAUAUGGAAGAGAUAAAUAUCAAAUCUUUUUUUAUUUAAUUGUAAUAACAGCUAUAUCAAUUUUUUGAAAAAGUACCACGUACUUAUACCAAUUUCUAC